AUGGCUCACUACAUCAGAGCUGCAUACAUGACCCAUGUGCAUAGCAGCCAGUACACGGAAGUACUGGAAGAUUUUGGUGCGGCAACGGGAGCGCCGCUGGGACGGCUCAGCUGGUCACGCCUGUGCCCGCUGGAUGAGCCGCGGGGCUUCGCCUGCGCCUGUGCUACGGAGGGUUUUCUGGGGAAGAGGAGGCUGCUGGGCAUUGUGCCUCCGCCUGUGAUGCCUGCCCGGCCGGGGGCCCCCGUGGCGAGGCGGAUGCUGCAGCUGGCUCUGCUCCACGCAGCCUGGCGACUGGGGAGCGGCCAGCUCCACUACUCGGUGCCGGAGGAGUCCCAGCACGGCGCCUUCGUGGGCCGCAUCGCCCAGGACCUGGGGCUGGAGGUGGGGCAGCUGGUGCCGCGGAUGCUCCGGAUGGUGUCCAAAGGAGCCAAGGACUAUUUUCAGGUGAAUGUGCAGAAUGGGAUCCUCUUUGUGAAUUCCCGCAUAGAUCGGGAGGAGCUGUGUGCCAAGAGCCCGGUGUGCUCCAUCCACCUGGAAGUGCUGGUGGAUAAGCCUCUGGCCGUAUUCCACGUGGAGGUGGAGAUCACGGACAUCAAUGAUAAUGCUCCCAUGUUCAUGGCCAAUGAACAUACUCUGAAUGUAGCAGAACUUACACCAGUUGGUACCAGAUUUCCAUUAGAGGGAGCCUCUGAUGCUGACGUCGGUACUAAUGCUUUGCUAUCUUACAAAAUCAGGCCUGAUGAAUAUUUCAUUGUAGAACAGAAAACAGAUGACCAACACAGUAAACCUUUGACCAUAAUGUUAAAGAAGCCUUUGGACAGGGAGGAGGUCCCGGUGCAUCACCUGGUACUCACCGCCACAGAUGGGGGCCGCCCAGAGCUCUCUGGCACAGUCCAGCUGGUGAUCAACGUGCUGGAUGCGAAUGACAACCCUCCGGUCUUUAACCAGUCUGUUUACAAGGUAAAGUUGUUGGAAAAUGCUGCUCCCGGGACCUUAGCUAUUACACUGAAUGCCACAGAUGCAGACCAAGGGACCAACCAGGAAAUUGCUUAUUCUUUCAGCAGUAAUGUACCCUCCCGUUUCACAGAGAUAUUUGGCAUCAAUUCCCACACUGGGGAAGUCCGAGUAACUGGGGAUGUGGACUUUGAAGAUGCCAGUGUGUAUGACCUCCAGGUAGUUGCACAAGAUAAAGGCAACUUGCCAUUGUCUGGACACUGCCAGGUGGUCAUUGAGGUGCUGGACCUGAACGACAACACCCCAGAGGUGUCCGUCUCGUCCCUCUCAGUGCCGGUGCCAGAGGACUCCCCACCAGGGUCAGUGGUAGCCCUGAUCAGCGUCUCGGACCGUGACUCGGGAGCCAACGGGCAGGUGAGCUGCUCCCUGUGGCCCCCGGGGCUGCCCUUCCAGCUGGCCUCCACCUUCAGGAACUACUAUUCGCUGGUGGUGGCUGAGUCCCUGGACCGGGAGCGGGUGGCGGAGUACCGGCUGGUGGUGAUGGCGCGGGACCAAGGGGCCCCGUCACUGUCCGCGAGCAGCAGCCUAGCCGUGCCCAUCAGCGACGUCAACGACAACGCCCCGGCCUUUGUCCAGCCCUCCUACGCGGUCUUCGUGCGGGAGAACAACCCGCCCGGCGCCCACAUCUUCACGGUGUCCGCCUCGGACCCGGACCUGGCCGAGAACGCCCUGCUCAGCUACUGGAUGGACGAGAAGCUCUGGCCGCUGGCCAGCUACGUCUCGGUGCACUCGGAGAGCGGGAAGCUCUACGCCCUGCAGUCCCUGGACUACGAGGAGCUGAAGCUGCUGGAGUUCCAGGUGAGCGCCAGGGACGCCGGGCUGCCCUCCCUGUGCAGCAACGUGACCAUCCAGAUCUUCGUGGUGGACGAGAACGACAAUGCCCCCGCCGUGGCUGGGCAAGAGGACAAUUCCAUCUCUCUGGUGGCCCCGGUGGCUGCUGGGCAUGUGGUGGGCAAGGUCCGUGCCCUGGACGCAGACUCCGGCUACAAUGCCUGGCUGCGCUAUGAGCUGCUCGGGGGCCCCGGCGGGCCGUGGCAGGUGGGCCUGUACAGUGGGGAGGUCAGUGCCCGGCGUGCCGUGGACGAGGCGGAGGGCGGGCCGGAGCAGUGCCUCCUGGUCCUUGUGAUGGACCACGGCCAGCCGCAGCGCUCUGUCACAGCCACCCUGAGCAUGUCUCUGGUGACCAGCGCGCAGGCCACCCACAUGGACAUCUGGCUGCCCAGGCCUGGCGAGGGCACGAGGGCCCCGGAGGAAGCGGCCAACCUCUACCUGAUCGUGGCCAUCUGCUCGGUGUCCGGCCUGUUCCUGCUGGCCGUGCUUGCGUACAUUGCCCUGCGGUGCCCCUGCCCAGCCAAGGAGCCCGUGGCCUUCGGGCCUGGCACCGCCACGUUGGUGUGCGCCAGCGAAGUGGGCAGCUGGUCCUACUCCAACCACCACAGCCACCUGCUGGCCGGUGUGGGCGGCGAGGCCGGAGCCAAGAGUGACCUGAUGGUGUUCAGCCCCAGCGUGCCUGCCUCGGCCGAGAACGGGCGGCAGCAGGACCUGCUCUGCGCAACGCGAGGGAGCCUGCUUUGCCCUGUCAUCCCAGGGACGUCCUCUCAGCGGGUUCAGGUUGAUGCCUGA